ACGUCGCUUAUAGUUGGUGAAUUAUGCAUUUCGUUUUUGGAUCCGCCAAUCAAGCAAGGACAGACCCGAUAUCAUUUCCUGAUAUUCGAAUUUCUUAAAGAUGAACAGAUUGAACUCGAGAUUGGUCUGCCAGAAGGUCCGCUUGGUGAAAAAUACGCUUCGCAGCUAGAGAAAGAAAUGAAAGGUGCCGUUUACGAGGUUGUUUCGCGAAUCAUGAAAACUUUGGUCAACAAGCGGAUCACCGUUCCAGGUAGUUUCUUAGGCCACAGCGGCAGCCCAGCAAUCAGUUGUGCCUAUAAAUCUGCGGCGGGUUUUCUAUAUCCGCUGGAGAAAGGAUUCAUGUACGUACACAAACCUCCGUUGCACAUUCGACUCGAAGAGAUAUCGUGCGUGAACUUUGAAAGAUCGGACGUCAGUACGAGAUCAUUCGAUUUCGAGAUCGAGACAAAGAUGGGCCCUUCGUACACGUUUACCAGCAUCGAAAAGGAUGAGUACGGCAAAUUGUAUGAAUUUGUCACAAACAAACAUCUGCGAAUCAGCAAUGUCGGUAAACGAACAGAAACGGUUCCCACCGAGGACUGUUUUGAGGGAAGCAGUGAUGAGGAGGAAGAACGCGACCAUUAUGCGGAGAAACUGAAACGCGAGGCUGCAGAAAGAGAAAAGAACGCCAAUGAUACCUCUGAUGAGGACGACAGCGAUUACAAAGAGGAUGACGCUGAAAUGGGUUCUGAUGACGAGAGCAGUAGCAGUUCCUCGAGCGAGUCAGAAGAAGAAGCUGUUUCAGCUGAAGAGGAGAAGGAUAAAAAGAAAGUAAAAAAGGAGGUUAAACGGAAACACCGAGUCCGUAAGAAAAAAACCCGAAUCCCCAAAGAUCCAGCGGCACCGAAGAAACCGCAGUCGGCCUAUUUCCUCUGGUUUAACGAAAUUCGUUCGAAUAUUAAGGAGCCUGGAAUGACGGUGGGCGAGGUGGCGAAGAAAGCCGGUGAGAUGUGGAAAGAAAUGAAAGACAAAUCCAAAUGGGAAAAGUUAGCAGAAGAAGACAGAAAAAGAUAUAAGCAUGCAAUGGAUACCUACAAGCAGUCGAAAAUAACUGAUGCUCCGCCUAAGUCUCCGGACGACACUGUUACCCCAAAACUGAAACGGGCUUCUUUGGACGAUGCGAAAGCAACCAAAAGUUCAUCAGCUUCGGAAGAAGAGAGUCCUGUAAGGAAGUUAUCUCAUAUGCAAAGUUCUGUUCAUGGUUUUCUGUUUUCUUUAUAG